AUGAAAUUGAUGAACUCAAUUCGUAAGCCUCAAUAUUUUUUACAUAAUCGAUGUGUUAAUGUUACAGAUAUCUUGGCGAGUUCACAGUUUUGUCAGAAACUGUUGAGGAUUACUGGAGAAAGAAACGAAACGAGUACCCGACGUUAUAUGAAGUUGCUGCUCAAGUUUUUUCAGUAAUUCCAAGCGAAAGUGUAUGUGAAACAUCGUUCAGCACUGCCGGAUACCUACUUGACAAAAGAAGAACACGACUUCGUUGCGAAAAAGCGGAACAUGUAGUGCUCGGAGCACAAAUUGCUUCGAAAUAUCCAAACUGGAUUGAGGGAAACUCUGCGAGUGUUGCAUAA